AUGCAGAUUUUCGUGAAAACCCUUACCGGCAAGACCAUCACCCUCGAGGUCGAGUCCUCGGACACGAUCGACAAUGUUAAAGCCAAGAUUCAGGACAAGGAGGGUAUUCCUCCCGACCAACAGCGCCUGAUCUUCGCCGGCAAGCAGCUCGAGGAUGGUCGUACGCUCUCCGACUACAACAUCCAGAAGGAGUCUACCCUUCACCUGGUCCUCCGUCUCCGUGGAGGCAUGCAGAUCUUCGUCAAGACCUUGACGGGCAAGACGAUCACUCUUGAGGUCGAGUCGUCGGACACGAUCGACAACGUCAAGGCUAAGAUCCAGGAUAAGGAGGGCAUCCCUCCAGAUCAGCAGCGUCUUAUCUUCGCCGGGAAGCAGCUCGAGGACGGUCGUACACUUUCGGACUACAACAUCCAGAAGGAGUCGACGCUCCAUCUCGUCCUUCGUCUUCGUGGAGGAAUGCAGAUUUUUGUCAAGACGCUCACCGGCAAGACGAUCACUCUCGAAGUUGAGAGCUCGGACACCAUCGACAACGUCAAGGCGAAGAUUCAGGACAAGGAGGGUAUCCCCCCGGACCAGCAGCGCCUAAUCUUUGCUGGCAAGCAGCUCGAGGACGGUCGCACCCUUUCUGACUACAACAUUCAGAAGGAGUCGACUCUCCACCUCGUCCUUCGCCUCCGCGGUGGCAUGCAGAUCUUCGUCAAGACGUUGACCGGCAAGACCAUCACGCUCGAGGUCGAGUCGUCCGACACGAUUGACAACGUGAAGGCGAAGAUCCAGGACAAGGAGGGGAUCCCGCCGGACCAACAGCGUUUGAUCUUCGCUGGCAAACAGCUCGAGGAUGGGCGCACGCUCUCGGAUUACAACAUCCAGAAGGAGAGCACCCUCCACCUCGUUCUCCGUCUGCGUGGUGGCCUGUGA